AUGGGACCCCCCCCCCAAAACCUGCCGGGUGGCCCCGGUGCUGGUGCUGCUGGAGGGAUUUGGGAUGCUGAGGUUCCGGGGGGGGGGAGGAUUUUGGGGUUCGGGGGCAGGUUUUCGGGGUGCAGAGGACCCCGAGGGAGGGGUGGGGACCCCCCAAAAUCCUACCGUGCCCCCCCUAGGUACACGUACGAGGUGGCCCCGGUGCUGGUGCUGCUGGAGGAGCAGGUCCUGGCCAAGCUCCGCGAGCUCGUGGGGUGGAGCGACGGCGACGGGAUCUUCGCUCCCGGGGGCUCCAUGUCCAACAUGCUGGCCAUGAACGUGGCGCGAUUCCGGCGCUUCCCGGAGAGUCGGAGCAGAGGGAGCCGCGACCUCCCGCGCCUGGCAAUCUUCGCCUCCAGGGAGAGCCACUACUCGAUCCUAAAAGGCGCCGCUUUCCUGGGAAUCGGCACCGACAACGUUCACCUCGUGCCCACGGACGAGCGGUGGGUGAGGGGACCCCCCUGGGACCCCCGGCACU